UUUGUCUCUCUGGGCUGGCAGUGCCAUGGCCGAGUCAUGUCCAGCCUCUCACUCACAGCACCCCCACAUCCUUCUCACKGAGUUGCUCUGAUCUGCUCAUCCCAGGUGCAGCACCGGCACUUGGGCUUGUUAACCUCAAGAGAUUCCAAUGGGCUCAUUUCUCCAUCUUGGCCAGGUCCCUCUGUACUUCCCAAUCUUCACAAGUGUCCACAGCACCACUCAGCUUGAGGUCAUCUGCAAACUUGCAGAGGAUGUACUCRAUCCAUUUUUGUUAUUAGCAGACAGAUUGAAUAGCACUGGUCCCAGUACAGACCCCUGUGGGACACCACUUGUCACUGAUGUCUGUCGAGACUCUGAGCUAUUGACUACCACCCUCUGGAUGCAACUGUCCAAUCACUUUCUUAKCUGUCUAUUAAUCCACCCACAAAUAUUCUUCAUUUUAGAGAUAGAGAUGUUGUAGGGGACUGUGUCAAAGACUUUGCAAAAGUCUGGACAGGUAAAGUCUGUAGCCCUUCCCUUGUCUACUCCAUCACAGAAAGGCCACUCAGUCAGACAGGAUUUGCCCUUGGUGAAGCCGUUCUGGCUGUCUCAAACACUUCCCUGUUCUCCAUGUGCACUGGUUCUAGGAGGAUCUGUUCUGUGAUCUUCCAGGCACAGGAUAGUUCUGGAGUGUUCUAAAAGUAAAUUCAGUUCAGAAUUCAAACUUAACUGUUCUCAGAGUUCGGGGAGGGAAGAAAUAAGAACCAGCAAUUGUCAGUCUCAUCAAGUAAAAGCAUUUAGAAACCUGAUUCCAGCCUGUGAUGACAGAAGUUUGACAUGGAUUUUGUCAAGGAAGAGUAUAUUUUCCAUCCCAGCACAUUCAUAUAAGUAUCUCUUUGAAGUACUAAUCUUGAUUUCUGCUGUCUCUCAUGAGAAACAUUCUUUGGAUACAGUUAAUGCCCACCUUUUUCUCAAAAGAAUGAAAUGCUGCCACCCUAAAAGCUGCAUUUCUUUUUAUUUCAGUAACCAGUUGUAAGUUUGUAGAAACGAUUACACUUGCAACAGGCCAGUUUUGGUAACUUCUGUAAUAGAAAGGCUGUGAUUCCCCUAAAUGAAGGGAAUGGCAGAGGAUGGAAACUAAACCUUGAGUGCUCAUUAAUUUAGUGAGCUUGUAGAGGAUUCAGCUUAUUUGCCUACAGAUUUUUAAGGUGUUGUGUUGACUAACAGUUUAAUGUCCUUUUGUAUCGGUGGCUUUUGGGGCUUUUUUCUUGCAUGUAGAGUCAGUAUAUGGCCUUGGCAGUAUAAUGUCUGCAUAGUGACAGGUCUGUCACCUUAGAUAGUGAAAUACAAAUUUUGAUAGUUCUUGUUUUCUGUAUUUUUCAGCAGGUAAUUGCUGCCAUGGAAACACAACUGUCUAAUGGACCAACUUGUAAUAACGCAGCCCAUGGUUCAGCCACUAUAAACAAUUGCUCAUCACCAGUUGAUUCUGGGAACACAGAAGAUAGCAAGACCAAUUUAAUAGUCAACUACCUUCCACAGAACAUGACCCAAGAAGAACUGAAGAGUCUGUUUGGCAGCAUUGGGGAAAUAGAAUCCUGCAAGCUCGUCAGGGACAAAAUAACAGGACAGAGCUUGGGUUAUGGUUUUGUGAACUACGUUGACCCUAAGGAUGCCGAGAAAGCUAUCAAUACCCUGAAUGGAUUGAGACUUCAAACUAAGACUAUAAAAGUUUCUUAUGCACGACCAAGUUCAGCUUCUAUCAGAGACGCGAAUUUGUAUGUUAGCGGACUUCCCAAAACAAUGACCCAGAAAGAAUUGGAACAGCUCUUUUCCCAAUAUGGACGCAUUAUUACUUCUCGUAUUCUGGUUGACCAAGUCACAGGGGUAUCAAGGGGCGUGGGGUUUAUACGGUUUGACAAGCGAAUUGAAGCAGAAGAAGCUAUCAAGGGCUUGAAUGGCCAGAAACCUCCAGGUGCCACAGAGCCCAUCACUGUAAAGUUUGCUAACAAUCCAAGCCAAAAAACCAAUCAGGCCAUUCUUUCCCAGCUGUACCAUUCUCCAAACAGAAGGUAUCCCGCACCUCUAGCUCAGCAGGCUCAACGUUUUAGGUUGGACAAUCUGCUCAACAUAGCUUAUGGAGUAAAGAGUAGGUUUCCUCCAAUGACCAUUGAUGGAAUGACCAGUUUGGCCGGCAUUAAUAUCCCUGGACAUGCAGGAACUGGGUGGUGCAUUUUUGUGUACAACUUGGCCCCUGAUGCUGAUGAGAGUAUCCUCUGGCAAAUGUUUGGACCCUUCGGAGCAGUAACCAAUGUGAAGGUCAUCCGUGACUUCAACACCAACAAGUGCAAAGGUUUUGGWUUUGUGACUAUGACAAACUACGAUGAGGCAGCUAUGGCAAUAGCCAGCCUGAACGGAUACCGCCUUGGUGACAGAGUAUUGCAGGUCUCCUUCAAAACAAACAAAACGCACAAAGCCUAACAAGUUAUUCUCAGUGCAUUAAUACAUGAAAAUUAUACAACAAAGGCAAUUUACAACAAGCUUUAUGCAUCAGUAAAUGCCUUUGUUGUAUGUCAGUGUGGAAAUGGGGAUAAAAUGACUACUUAGCAUCCUAAGAAUAUGUGAGAUUUUUUUAUUGCUAAUAUUUGAAUUAGAACUUCUUAACUAUCUUUUGUGUUCGAGUAUUGACAAGAGGUACAGGGUUUUUACCUGUCACAAUGCGUAUUCUAUUGCCUUCUUUGAAGAAGGUGGACCUUUUAAAAUGUUUCAGCUAAGGGAAGAAGUUUUUUUUCUUUAUACGUGACUGCCUUUAACCUAUGAGUAAAUAUCGAGGCUUUGUGUAAUACUAUAAUUUUUUUUUUUUUUGUUAUUUCUUGAUUUGCUUUGUGUUUAAUUUACAUUGUAAUGCAAUAUUGUUUUGUUUUGUUGUUCAAGAAAAGUAUCUGAAGUUUACAUUUUAUUUAUAAAUUUAUAAAACAGUAUUUAUUUCAUCAUCYUCAUUUGGGUUGGGGAAUGGGAACACAUUAUAAAAGCUUAUUGUAAGAAUACUGGAGAACUUUUCGUAAAGCAGUACCUUGCCAAAGAGAUAAGAGCCUCUUUGAUGUGGGUUUAAAAAAAGCAUCUAUUUUUAUAAAAAAAUAAAAAAUUUGGAGAAACUUUUUACUGGUCCUGGAACAAAUAUUUUGACUUGAAUACUUUGAGAAAUCUCUUCAUAUGACACCUAGUGAGCUUUUAAAAUUUACCAGGAAACUUGCAGUUGUUGGGAAAAAAUUUAGGAAGAUUUAUGAUGUAGAACUACUUUUGAGACCUUUGUACUAAGAAGUAAAGUCAAUGGGAUGCACUGUUGGUUUCAUUUUUUGUAAUCAUCAGUGGAGUCAUUGAUCAUCCUGGUUAAGUGAUAGGUGGCUCACUUUAAUUUGUGAUUUUGAAACAAAUGGAAAUUAAAAAAAACACUAUAAGAGCAAGCAGAAAACUUAAAAUACUGAGAAAUGGGGGAAAAAAAAUCUGUUCUUCCUAAAGAAUUCCCUUCAGAUAGAGCUCACGGUGUUUAGUGAUGUACUUGCUAUUGUUUGAAGAAUUGUUUUGUCUUACAAAAGACAUUGAGCAUGGUUUGCGCCAUGGCAAAUCAGCAGAAGUGGCCUGAGUUGGAUAUGUUAGGAGGUAUUUUGAAAGUUAUGUUCAAGGCUAACACCUGAGCUUUGUGUAAUGUAAAUAAGACUUAAGUUAUGAACCUUUCAGCUAAUUUCUAUUAUAGUUUGUUUUUUAAGUUACAUGCCAAGUGAUGUUCAAUUUUGAAUGUUUUUGUAUAAGUUUUUCUUUGUAAAUGGCAUUAACAUUGUUACUUGAGGUCUGCUUUUUCUCUUCUUUUGUUUUUUAAUUUUUUUUUUCCUGAGGACUUGAAUUUACAGUGCAUCAGAUCUGUUGCUAUUUUUGUCUGUAGAUAGUCUAGCUUCAGCUGUUUAUGCUGGUGAUGCAACAUUUUUGUUUAUAAAUAUGUUUGUGGUAACAAAAACAGUAUAAACAUACGUUUUGAGCAAAUUUCCUUACAUUUUUCAUAUGAAAACCAUAAAUACCUGUAUGCUAUUGAAGUUUAACUUUGUAUGAUGCUUAAAUCACUAUUUGGGGAAAUAGAAAAAGUCUUUACCAUGUAUUGAAGAAAUUUAAGGAAAACAAAUACAGAAUAUUUUCUGAUUAGCAUCUAGCUUAUAAUUAAAUUUUUAAAAAAGAAGCUGAGGGUUUGAUGCCUUCACCAGGAUGCACUGACAACUAUGUAGUUACGUCCUGCUUUUUGUAUAAACUGAGAUGCUCAUACGCUUCCCCUUAGAAACAGCAAUGUUCUAUGCAUAACAUAGUUGUACACUAUCUUUGCAGUUGUUUUUGAUUCUUAUUCUUUUGAAUUGUAGUUAUAAAAUUUUCAGUAUAGUACAGUACAUUUACUGUGAAGCGCGUGCUAAAGUGAAUAAGCAAGUUUUCAUGCUGACCCACUCAAUGCUAUUCAAAAAUCAAUUGGCUUCCUGAGUACUUCCUCAUUCUUAGAUGCAUUUAGAUUGUAAAAGCUAAUCCUCUGCAUUAAAAGUUGUGUAUAUAGUAUAGAAAUGACAAACUUUCCAAUGUGGGAGAAAUAGUAGCUACAUGCUUCUUUCCUAUACUACUGUAGCAACUAAAGGCAUUGAUGAGAAGGCAUGUAAAUUGGGCUUCACUUUACAGUGUUUWUCAGAGCACUUAGUAAAAUAUAAGGCUGGUAUUUAUUUCAAGUUGUAUAGUAUGACUUAAUUCACAUUUGUUGGAAUAGAGAAUAUAUUCUGUUGGGUAUUUAAGAGGUUGUACAUGUUUUCUUUUGUGUUUGGAUUCUUUGUACUUUUUCAUGUUCAGUACAUCAAUAAACAAAGUUGA